GGACCGAAUUGGAGUCUUCGGACAACAGGUGCCUGGCACUGCCUCGUUGGACCGUUUGGCCAUGGCAAUGGAGCCAGAAGAGGGUGAAGCACAGGAGGCGGACCCUGUGACCUACGGGGAGGGAUCUGUUGCAUCCAUCGGCACGCGGCGCACCCGGUUGAGCUAUGCCACCUGCCAGUCGGAAGCCGAGGACAAGGCGGAGUUUCUGGAUUUCGACGCCUCGCUGGGAGAGGAGCUGACGGAGGAGCCUUCGGAGGCUUCUAGCCCACGUUGGUGGAACUCUGUGAUGCAGGUGGCCGCCGAUCGACGGGCACAAAACACCGCCGCAGUGGCCGUAGGUGGAUAUCUCACUUUGGGCAUUGCCGGUGGCACCUCAGGGUUGCUGGCUGGAGGAUCCCUGGGGCUCUUAGCUGGCUUGGGCCCUGCUGUCUUCACUGCAGGGCUCUCAGUACCAGUGGGCGCUGCUUUGGGCGCCGGCACAGGGCUUUGCAUAGGAGCCUCUGUGGGUGGCACUGUCGGAGCGGUGGGUGGCGUUCUGGUGGGGCAACGAGUCUUCUACAGGCGAUCGACGGGAACAGUUUCUCCGGACAGCUCUGAGAUGAUUCCCGAGACUGUAGAGACGUGAGCCAUGUGGGCGUUAUGUGUUAAUUCAUGGCCCCAAAUAGGGAGGCCACAGGGGACCGGCGCUGAGACGCCGAGGUUUUUCGGAAAAAGCACAUGAAAAGAUCGACAUUAGUUACAUGAGGUUCAUGUCGUUUUGGC